AACGUCCCCAACAUAUAGAAAAUCUUCUCCCAUCGGGUCAGGAAGAUGGAGCCUGAAGGAGUAGGUGAUCAGGAGUGUGUUCCCCAAUUCUCUUGCUCAUAGAUCCCAACUCUUGGGGAGAUGCCCGUCUAUCAAGUUCAGCUUAAUUGCUCACCCAGAGGACAAAAAGAAAAGACUGUGAGGAGCAUGGCAAAGGGUAGGAGCACUCUUCGGGGCUGGGGGCUUGAUAGGAAGGCCUUGCAAGCUCUCCCUGGAACCAGUGGUCCGGACCCCCUGCCCCGGCUUGACUCCUACCUCCUGGGCAGCCUUCCUUUCCUAUUAGCACAUCCACCCCUCACGCCUCACCACAGAAAGCCUUCCCAGCCUCGCAUCCUUGCUCCAGGGUGCUCUCCUUGUCUCCCUCUCAGCCCGAAGCCCUCUCUCUUCCUCCUGGUCCCUAUGCUCCAAAGCAGGGUCAGGGAUACGGGCUGGGGAAGGCUUGGCUGCCCCAGGGCUCCUCUUCCCCACCCUCAGCACCCUGACCUGGUUGGAUGUAGCGUCUGGCCUCGUGAGAGCUGAGCGGCAGCACUGUGGGCAGCCCGGCCUCGGCGCGGACUGCCUCCAUGCGCAAGAAGCGGCUGGUGAUGUAGACGUUGUCAAAACUGUCCCAGUUCAGGAAGACUUGGAUGUACGUGGGGAUGACGCAGAACAUCUGGACCACUGAGAGUCGGGGAGCUCAGCGUGAGGACGGGGAGCAGAGAACCCAGCAUCCUUAGGGGCUCCAUAUCCAGUGCCCCCAGUGUGAUCCCGUACCCAGCUUUCCGACACACCCUGCAUUCUCACACCCCACUCCAGCCCCGUGUGCAUGCCCUCCCGGCAGGGAAGCCCUGGCUCUCUCACAGCUGGCAAGUCCACAGAGCACCAACUUGAAGGGCAUGACCACGAAACACAGGAACUGGUCGGUGGUAGACAUGCUGGGUAGAGUGAGACCUGAGGAGGCCUGGAGAGGGACUAGGAGAAGGAGACUGGGGGCAUUUUGACCUCCCAAACCAGACAUGCAACACACCUACCUACAUGCUUCACACCAUCCAUGAUGGACCGGAAGAACCUGCGUACCCGGGAGGGAGUACCAGGCGGCUCCCAGAGAGGAGGGAGCCUGGGUGCUGGGGUGUGAGAGUAAUCAGGUGAAGAAGAGGCUGGGAGCAAGGGGAAGAAGACUGAGCUGGACAGGAAAGCGGCGUCCCGGGCCCAGCCACUCAGCCCGGGAACCUCCGGACAGACAGCCGUCGAGGAUGAAAAGGGCUCCUGAGAAUGGACGGAGGACACAGCAUCAGAACGGAGCAGGAAAGCCACAGAGGAAGCCACCCCACACGACCAUACAGAUGCUCCUACGCUGGGCUCUUCCGGUUUCCUGGAGUCGGUUCCUAUGGCGCCAGCCAGGGGAGUUUCCUGCCACUGCUUUCCUGCUGGGAGCAGGCACUGGUGGGCUCCUGGCCAUAGGUCUCUUUCAGCUCCUGGUGAACCCCAUGAACAUCUAUGAGGAGCAGAAGAUGGUGGCGUUGUAUAGCCUGGCAAGCUUUGGGGCCAUAGGCUGGGGGACCUCCCCCCACACUCGCUGUGCCAGUGUUCUCUUGGUACCCAAGAUGCUGGGCAAAGAAGGCAGACUCUUUGUCCUGGGAUACGCUUUGGCUGCCAUCUACAAAGGGCCAGCAGCCAACCUGCAGUACAAUAUCAACGAAGUGAUAGCAUCCCUGGGCUGCACCGUGGAGCUGCAAAUCAACAACACCCGAGCGGCCUGGCGCGUCUCCACGGCCCCUUUGCGGGCGGUGUUCAAGGACCUGCUGGACAGCAAAGAGGCAUUGAAAGCGGAGACUUGGAACAUCUCGACCUCCUUUGAGGACCUGGAUGCCCAGGUGAGGAGUGAUAUGGGCUACUCUCCUGAGGAUGCCAAGGACACUCCAGGCACAGAGGCCCAAGGAGUCCCCCGAGGCCGACUCCACCUGUCCACACAGAUGGUGUACGAGCUGAAGACCAAACUGCGCUGCUCUCAUCUGGUAAAUAGGGCCAUAACCAGCUGCCAUCUUUGGUUUGAGAAAAAGUAUCAACAAUGCAUGCAGCGCAUCUGGGUCCCACUUCUGAACCACCUGCUCUGCCUACCCAUGAAGUUCAAGUUCUUCUGUAGCGUCGCCAGGGUGAUAGAGAUUUGGUGUCACAAGCGCAUCCCAGUGGAAGGCAACUUUGGGCAAGCCUAUGACUCGCUCAACCAGUCUAUUCACGGUCUAUAUGGAGAAUUUUCAGCCAAUAUUGACAUUAAGGAGGAGAAGCAGGCUGCAGUGGUGGGUGUCAACAUGAGCUGGGAGCGCGUGAGCGUCGAGGUGCGGGACUAUGUCCGCCAGCAGGAGACCCAUCUGCGCUGGGCAGCGGGACUGUUUCAUGUGCUCCUGACCUGCACCUUCCUGCUGGUCUUCCACGCGUCCUUCUCUUACCUGGAUAGCUAUAACUGGGACAUCCGCUUUGACAACAUCUACAUCAGCACCUACUUCUAUCAAAUCGAUGAGCGCAGGAAGAAGCUGGGCAAACAGAGUCUGUUGCCACUGAGAAAAGCAGAAAAGAGAUUCCUUAUCUUCCCUUUCAAGCCCUCUAUCCAGGCCUCAGAAAUGCGAAAUGUGGCAAGGGAGCUCCUAGAGACACUGCCCAUCCUGCUGCUGCUGCUGGUGCUGUGCGGGCUCGACUGGGCACUCUAUUCCGUCUUUGACACCAUCCGCCGACAUUCCUUCCUGCAGUAUUCCUUCCGCAGUAGUCACAAACUGGAGGUGAAGGUCGAGGGAGACUCCAUGCUGGCCAGGCUGCUUCGGAAAACCAUCGGAGCCCUGAACACCACCUCGGACACAGCCGUGGAAUCCAACAACAUGCCCUGCCUGCCCCAACCCAUAGGCCUGGAUGCCAGGGGCUACUGGAGGGCAUCACUGCCAACCAUCCUGCUUGUGUGUCUCUGCCUGGUCCAAGCUUUUGGCUACAGGCUCCGGAGAGUCAUUGCAGCCUUCUACUUCCCCAAGCGAGAGAAGAAGCGGGUUCUGUUCCUCUACAAUGAGUUACUGAGGAAGAGGGCAGCUUUCACUAAAUUGAGGAGGGCCGCCAUUGUUCGACGGGCACGUCGGCAGAGGGCCCCGCGCCCCCACCUGGUGGACACUCUGUACCGCCGGUGCCCUCUCCUGCGCCGCUUGACGCGUCGGCGCUGCGUCGUGUGCCAGGCACCGGAGACGCCCGAGUCCUACGUGUGCCCCACUCCGGACUGUCAGGCCGUGUACUGCCAGUCGUGCUGGGACGACAUGCGACGGCGGUGCCCGGCGUGCACGCCCGUCGAGGAGCUCUCUUCCUCCGCCUACAGCGACAGCAACGACGACGCCGUCUACGGCGAGUGAAGAAGGGAUGCGGCUCGCCGCCUUGCUCAAUAAAGUGUGAUGCACGCUC